UUCACAUUGAGACGACUCGACGUAUCGCUGGGAAAUGGUUGAUCGAUCCACACAUUUCACGACCUGUCUUUUCCCCUGGGGUAAGGCGAGCCAGUGGACUGGAACGACUACGAAGUGAAGCGGAGGGGAUCCUGUCAGAUGAGGGCGGCGCUCCUUUGGAUGGAAUCAACCUGAAUCUCCAGUCUGCAUCCCAAAUUGAUGCCACUGUGGGAAUUGGCACCAGUCGACCCAGUGGAGAGGCCUGUCAGCCCGAAGGUACCCAUCAUGAAUCGGCUGCGAUCUUCUGUGCUGCGGAGAAGGAUACAGUCCUUCGGAUUCAGAGAUGAGCACGCCGUACGAAUGCUUCUAUUCAGCAAAUAUGGUGACGUGCAAGUAUAUCUCCCCGAUGAUUUCCAAGGCCCCAUUGUGUAUCGCAUGGGCAGCGACGUUGAUCCCAGGACCACUUUUUCACCCCGAAUAAUGAAGAAGCUGGAGAUAUACGACGUCAGAGGGUCAACGUAUGGCUGGCUGGGAAAGCAUGAUGGACCCGGGGGACGGCACGACGAGUUAUAUGCGUUCGCUUUGAGUGGCAGAGUCUAUAUCCAGUAUCACGGAGAGACGAUCCUCCCCUCCAAGCUAUUGGUUUGGAGGGUUCAACAGUCAUUCAGACUCUUCGCAAGGACCGCUCAACUGCACCUUGGGUCGCAUCGUUCCCCGAUAUUUGCAUUAUUCGCGUCUCUUCCCUUACUUUAUACGACACUUUGGGUAUUCCAAACAUUGGCAUGGCUCCUGUCGCGGAUAUUAUUGUGGGUGGAAAGGCUUUCAUUUGUCCAGUUGAUUUUCAUCUUUGUUUUUCUUUUGGCACUUGGAUUGUCUCCGAACCCAACGAGGCAGCUACAUUAGUAUCGUGCCUUUCAUUGACCUCUGUAGACUGGUAUUGCCACUUGUGAUGUCCAGAACUCAAGUCAAUCAAAUCUAUGAUCGAGGGAAUACAAUCAAUUUUGUUGAGAGCAUGCG